AUGAGCCGAAGUCGAAGCCGCAGCGUGCCGCGCGACCGACCAAGGCGCCGUCAUCGAUCGCCGAGUCGCAGCCGCAGCCAUGGCCGACGCCUGAGUAGACGCAGUAAGAGAAGCCGAAGCCCCGUCGACGGACGCAGGAGAAGCCGCUCUCGGAAGAGACAUCACAAGAAGCACAGGAAACACUUAAAAAGAGCGAAGAAAGAGAAAAAGAAGCGCCACAACAAGAACAAACACAGGGAAAACCAGGAGAAGGAACUAGAAGAAACUGCUACGGCGGAGGAAAAUAAAGAUGAUGAAAAGGUCAUACCGGUACAGCCGACGGACACGGCAUCGGUUGACGCAAGGAGUUUCUUCGAGCAGCUCCAGAGGCAGGAAGCGGUUAAGCAGCCUGUGGGUACGGUGCAUGCUCGAGGUCUCCCAGUCCCCGUGUCUGCGACGGCGAUCUCGACGUCGGACAAGUGGGAGUGUAGCAAGGCCGGUUGCGGUAACAUGAACUCCAAACACGCACCUGUCUGCAACAAGUGUGGUGCCAUGAAACGAAUGACUGAGUGGCGAUAG